AUGCCGUCGCUCCAGACUCUUCCACCAGAGCUUCUUCUUGCUAUAGGUGACCGACUGGAGGAAAGGGACAUCUACGCUUUGCUGCUGGUCAAUCGCCGAUUUUCACGCGUCUUCCUGAAUUACUUGUACUGUCAUAACCGUAUCCGCCAAGGCUCCUCUGCCCUCAUCUGGGGCAUGAAUCAUGAGAACGAAGGCGUGGUGAGGCGUGCUCUCGCUCAGAAUCCCACCUGGCGCCCCGAGUCGGAGCGGGCGCGUCACUUUCGGUUUCUAUUCCAUCUCUGUGUUGCCCGUGGGCAACAUAGGAUUGUCCGCAGCAUCCUGAGGCACCGGGUCUGCCGCUGCUUACAAUCUUGUCUUGAAGAAACAGAGUCCCUGGCCAACGACCUUGGAUAUUAUGAUCUUGCCGACGAGAUCAUGCACUGCCGUUUCGCUAACAAUAACGCAUGA